GCGUAUGGGAGGCUCGCGGAAUCUCCGCUCCUUUAUCACCAAUGCUAAACUAAUGGCGGCUGGGAUUGGUAAGCCUGAUUUUGACUCAUAUCGUUCGCUCUUCAUUUCAUCGCUUGAUCUAACCCUUGACUUUAUUUUUCUUUUUUGCAGGUGUGAUUUCUUCUACCACCGUUCGGCGUUCUACUCCCACUUCUACUACACCGGUUCCCACUGGGAAAGGGAAAGAGAAAAUGACGAUCGAGGGGUCAAAUGAUGCCGAACAGGCACGGAAGAAACGUCGGGUAGAUGACGGUAGUCAACCAAUCCCAAUUGAUCACGUGGUGGACCUGACCGGCCCGGAGGUUGAAACCAGACGACCUGUUCUUUCUUCCAAGCCCAAAACUCCAGUCCUUGCUGACAUGCCGGUCGACGAUCGGAUGUUCGUUGAGUUUUCAAACAUGGGGCCCAGAGCAGAAGGAAGGUACUUGUUCGGUCUCAUGCCUUCAUCCAUGUGGUGCAGUACUUCUUUGAAGGUUCCCCCCAGUUUUACAACCCUGACCCACUGGUCUGACCUUCUUAACGCAGGUCAUCAAGAAGCGCUCAAGGCCGGUGUUUAUUAUCACAAGGCCUUUCUGGCGGCCGAGCAGGAGAUGAAACUCCUGGCCGGCGAUCGAGAAGAUAGCCAGGUCCUUCUUUCCACUGCUCGGCAGCUAGCUGCAGAUUUGCAAGAGCGCGCCACGGAGGGUGAGAAAGCAAAGGCUGCUUUAGCCGCGACGGAGGAGAGGAACCGGCGUCGCGAUCGGGAGAUCAGAGAACUCAAAGCUAAGGUGCGGGCAGCUGAAUCUGCUGGGGUGAAAUUUGACAAACCCGAAGGGGACAAUCCUCCUGAGCCCUAUACUACCAACAUCUCUCAUAUUGCCAACCAAGCCAUAAUCGACUAUCAACGGGGUAAAGGACUGAACGUCGCCCUGGAGAACACAGCUCGGCAAUUUCUGCGACCUAAUCUCGGUCAGUUUUUGCGUGACAGUAAAGAUCCGAUCCAGGCAGGGAUCGAGCUUCUGGACAACACUUCCGAAGGGAACUCUUUCUUAAACGUUCUGACCGAGAAGACUGUGAUGCAAAGCCAGGAUCUGCUUUUGGAUAGGAAUCUUGACCUGAUGCUGAAGUAUUUCCCCAAGUCGUUCGAUCCUGAUGACCUGGGGUUCGAUGAUCUGUUCGGGAAUACCUAUGAUCGGGUUAUGAAGAUCAGAAAAGGAACAGUGCCCGACGGUGAUGCAGCGCAGGCAGGGAGCUCUCAACCCUUGUCUUCCCCGAACGGCG